AUGACCGAAUCCAAGGAAGAUGACAAUGUUAUGAUGUCCCAGAUUGAGAACAGCGACGUAACCUCAGGCUUUGCAGAGAACAUGAACAAUAUCGUCUCGUCCGAAAAUGAACAAUCCCAGUCUGUUGCUAAUAAACAGAAAGAAGUUCAAGAGGAAUUCCAAGGAAAAGGCAUUCAAAACGAAAAACAUGAUGGUAUUGAGAAGAAGAAAGAGGCAAGUGGAAGCAUAAAUGUCUGCGAAGAAGGAAAACAGAAAUUUUGGGAAGAAAUGAAAAAGGAAGUUGAAUGUGGUGAAAACAAAGAAGAUCGUUGGAAGAAGACAGUUCUUUGGCGUGCUUUUCAGUUUAGUCCAGUAGAUCAAAAAAUUGUUAAAUAUUUAGUUGACCAUGGAGCAGACAUUUAUUCCAACAACGAAGAUGGUGAAACAGUUUUCUUGAUAGCUACGAGAAAUGGUUUAUUUGAUCUUGUUAAAGUUCUUCAGGGUGCAAUACAGUCUCGAUCAUUAGAAAUUGUGAAAUAUUUCGUUGAAGAUUUUGGGGCUGAUAUACAUUGUAAAGAUGACUCGGGAAAUACUGCCUUACAUCAUGCUGUUUAUGUUGGUGGAACAGAAAUUGUCAAGUACUUAAUUAAACAAUGUGGUGCAGACAUGAAUGCUAGGAAUCCAGACGGAGGGACAAUGCUGCACUCGGCUGUUAGCGAAGGUACCUUAGAGAUGGGCGCUGAUGUAAAUGGCCAGGGUACUGACGGGUGGACAGUGCUGCACGCUGCUAUUACAAAAUCCACUCCAGAAGUUGUAAAAUAUCUGGUUGAAAAUGGCGCUGUUGUAAGGGGCAAGGAUACUACAGACGGCUGGACAGUGCUGCACUAUGCUGUUUCCUAUAGUUCAUUGGAUAUGGUUAAAUAUCUUGUUAAACUGGGGGCAGAUGUAAAUGACAAAAAGUUCGAUGGGUUGACUGUGCUGCAGGAUGCUGUUACAAAAGGUACGCUAGAAAUUGUAAAAUAUCUAGUGGAAAUGGGGGCUGAUGUGAAUGCCACGGUUGCCAUUUACGAUUGGACAAUGAUGCACGCUGCUGUUACUGAAGGUACGCUAGAAAUGGUAAAAUGUCUUGUUCAAAACGGCGGUAAAGUAAAUUGCGAGAGUAGUGACGGAAGGACGGUUCUGUACUAUGCUAUUUCCGAAGGCACGCUAGAACUAAUAGAAUUUCUAGUUGAACACGGCGCUGAUGCUAAUAGGAAAAUUGAAGGGCAGCCACUUCUGCUCUGUGCACUGCAUAAUACCCCAAAUACUUUAAAAAUAGUAAAAUGUCUUGUUGAGAAGGGCGCUGAUGUAAAUAGUCUCAAUACUGACGGGGAGACAGUGCUGCACUCUGCUAUGGCUAAAAAUAGACUAGAAAUAGUCUACUAUCUCGUUGAGAAGGGCGCUGAUGUAAAUGCCAAGAAUUAUUACGGGGAGACAGUGCUGCACUCUGCUGUUUCUAAAGGAUGGACAGUGUUGCACACUGCUGUUGAAAAUGGAUCGCUAGAAAUGGUGGAAUAUCUUGUUGAGAAGGGCGCUGAUGUAAAUGCCAGGAAUACUCACGGGGAGACAGCACUGCACUCUGCUAUUUCUGAAGGUACGCAAGAAAUGGUGGAAUAUCUUGUUGAGAAGAGCGCUGAUGUAAAUGCCAGGAAUUAUUACGGGGUGACAGUGCUGCACUCUGCUGUUUCUAAAGGUAGGCUUGAAAUAGUAAAAUAUCUUGUGAGAAAUGGCGCUGAUGUAAAUGUAAAAAGGAUUAAUGGAUUGACAGUGUUGCACAGUGCUGUUGUGAAUGGUUCGCUAGAAAUGGUGAAAUAUCUUGUGGGAAGUGGUGCUGAAGAAAAUGUAAAAAAGAAUAGCGGAUGGACAGUGUUGCACGCUGCUGCUGUAAAUGGAUCGCUAGAAAUGGUGGAAUAUCUUGUUGAGAAGGGCGCUAAUGUAAAUGCUAAGAAUACUCACGGGGAGACAGUGCUACACUCUGGUAUUUCUAAAGUCUUGCACGGUGCUGUUGUAAUUGAAUCGCUAGAAAUGGUAGAAUAUCUUGUUGAGAGGGGCGCUGAUGUAAAUGCCGAGAAUACUCACGGAGAGACCGUGCUGCACUCUUCUGUUUCUGAAGGUACGCUAGAAAUAGUGGAAUAUCUUGUGGGAAAUGGCGCUGAUGUAAAUGCAAAAAACAAUAGCGGGUUCACAGUGCUGCACAAUGCUGUUGUAAAAGGUUUGCUUGAAAUGGUAGAAUAUCUUGUCGAGAACGGUGCUGAUUUAAAUGCCAAGGAUACUGACGGGAAGACAGUGUUGCACAGUGCUGUUGUAAAUUAUUCGCUAGAAAUAGUGAAAUAUCUUGUUGAACAGGGCGCUGAUGUAAAUGCUAAGGAUACUGACGGGUCGAAAGUGCUGCACUAUGCUGUUUCUGAUGGUACGCUAGAAAUGGCGAAAUGUCUUUUUGAGAAGGGCGCUGAUGUAAAUGCCGAGAAUACUCACGGGGAGACAGUACUGCACUUUGCUGUUUCUAGAGGUUUGCUUGAAAUGGUAGAAUAUCUUGUCGAGAACGGUGCUGAUGUAAAUGCCAAUGAUACUAACGGGGAGACAGUGCUGCACUUUGCUGUUUCUAGAGAAUAUCUUGUCGAGAACGGUGCUGAUGUAAAUGCCAAUGAUACUAACGGGGAGACAGUGCUGCACUGUGCUGUUCGUGUUGGUGAUUUAGUAACAGUCAAAUAUUUAGUUGAACAAGGUGCUGAUAUAACUGUUAGAAGUUAUGGGGAAGUUUACAAACAAACGACAUCGCAGCAUUUUGUAGCCAAUCGGUAA